GCGAGCGAAGGAUACGAGGCCGCAGGACUAUCACCGCAUUCGUCGAGCCAGUUUUCGCGAAAAAUUUACUCGACUUAAACGCACACAAAUAUACUUGUAUUUGUAUGUAUAUACGCGUACACGUACUACUGCGGAAUGUACACGCGCACAGUUGUACGCGUGUGGACUGUGUUUUUUAUGUAAACGGAAGAAGCGGAAAGUACACUCAUCAGACAGCGGUGUUGACGAAAAAUGCCGAUUUGAGCGUUGUGUAAUUUUGUAUUAUUUUGUAUACGUAUAGUACGUGAUACACCUAUACAUACCGCGUGUGUCGAUGCUGGCAGGCUCCUCCCGACGUCCUUUGCGCUCAUUGCUCGCCGACGAAAGCGCAUUUAAUCGCCCACGCCCGCUCACCACCAACACUUUUUCUUUAAUAUCCCAUGAAUCCAGUCGACGCCCAGUGGUAAUAAUAAACCGAAAACUAAACGUAUUUAUAUCCGAAUGUGGUUUUCUCGCGAAUCUCUACUGUUACACAUUGACAUAUCAUCUCCAUAACAUUCUACACACACGUCCUGUCCCCGUCUAAUGGGUUACAUUUGUGGCUGAACCCGUCGUUUAUAAAUUAUUGUUCAUAAGUGGUUUCAGUACACACACAUACGUGAACUGAAAUAAGCCGUUGCAUUGUCAUGGACUGUCCAAAACCCUCGUUCCUCAUCAGGGACUUGAUCGGCGAUGUUUUACAGACUUCAAAAUCUUCUGAUGUGUCCAGCGAUGAAGGUACAGCUGACAUGGAUGACCGUACAUUGACGGUCGGUAAUUUCGCUUCACUCCCGUUAUUAGUUCAAAAACAUCACCAUCAUCAUCAUCACUAUCAACAGCACCAGGACAUGCUAGCAGGAAAAACAUGUGGUCGGAAGGUCCGGCGCAGGAGAACAGCAUUCACACACGCACAACUGGCUUAUCUCGAACGCAAGUUUCGCUCACAAAAAUACCUGUCCGUAGCUGAUCGCAGCGAUGUUGCUGAAGCGUUAAACUUGUCAGAAACCCAAGUCAAAACGUGGUACCAAAAUCGAAGGACCAAGUGGAAACGUCAGAACCAGUUGCGACUGGAUCAGCUGCGGCAACAGUCGGUGGAACCGCAGUCGGACGCGUCCGCCGAGUACGGGCAACACAAACAGCAGCACGGGCUGCACGCGGCCGACUCGCAGCUCAGCCGACAGGAGCACAGGCUGUACGUGCCAAUACCGGCGGCUGCGGCCUCGGAUCCGGACAUGCAGACGGCCUCAGCGGUACCAUCCGCGGCGCCGUCGCCGUCGUCGGCGGCCGCGGCCGCGGCCGCGUUCAUCGGCACGCCGUACCCGGGCGCGGCGAACGGCGCGCGGUGGAACUUCCUGACCACGGCCGCGGCCAUCGUGCGGAACGUGUCGUACGUGCACGGGUGUCACAUGUGAACGGUCACGACCGCGCGGCGACCGAUUCCGGUGACCGCGGGCGCAUUGUUUACAGGGUGGUCGUGUACGCAUUCUGACGGACGCGAACUGCCGACCGAUGGGUCCGUGUGUUCGCCGAUCGCCGGCCGUACAAAUGCCGUGGCCGUGAACGGCGGGUGGGGUACGUCAACGGUAACGCAAAUUCGGGCCAGCGUACCUGCACGCCAAGUUUCUGUUUUCUAGAAAUAAUUGUCACAGUUGCAGACCCCGGUGGAAGUGAUAGGCACAAUUAACCGUUGCGAAAAACUAAACGGUACUCUUAUUUCCGGGUGAUUGUAAAUUCCGCCCGAAAUGAAUAGGUAAAAACAAGGUCUAUGGUAAAUUCCGUCCGGGAGAAAUAUCAAAGUAAAAAAGGUACUUGUAAAUUCCGCCCGGAAAAAUAAAUAUUUUUAAACUAAGCGUUCUGUAAAUGUAAUGUUCGAACGAACACAGAACAAUCGUGUCUCAGACGACAAUCGUCAACAUGUCAUAUUUUAUCAGCUUUGCCACAUAUUAUGGAUCUAAAAAUUGGAAAUAUAUAUCAGAUAGAAAUAUUAUAAAUUGUGUUCCAAUAAUAUGGAAGUGAUAUUUUGACCAGUCUUUAUUGUUAUAAUUAUUAUUGUUUUUACGAUUUUUAACAAUUUUAUAUGAUAUACACUAUACAUGACUUAUAACAUGUGCUAAUUAUUGACGUAAUA